GUUCACGCGCUGCGUUGUGAUGGACGUGUGGAAGCGCAGAUUCAUUUCUUCUGACUUUGGACCUAGAGAAGGAUUCUUUUGGCCGAGAAGCCAAACAAGUCUACUUUUCUCAUUAACUGAGGAAAUUGAGUUGCAAUACAGCACCUUUGAACACGACCAAAGGAAUUCAAAGAAUAUUUCUUAUUGCUCUUCUUAUUGCAUGUAAGAACAUGUUACUCUGAACGGUAGGAUGGGUGCAGCUGGUGCCAUGGAGGUCUGAAAGAAUGGCCUGCCCUGGUUCUGGUUGGACGUGGGCCCAGCUUUAAGAUGUAUGGCCCCUGGUACCUGUCUCAGUGAUGAAGAGCACUCCCACCAUCUUCCUCCUCACUCUAUCUGUCUUGUGCAGAGCUGAGAGUGUUAGUGGGAAGACGGUGAAGGACACAGUGCAGGAAUGGAAAAGGUAUCGGAACGAGUGCAUCAUGAAGAUAAGCUCACAGCCCACCACCUCGGGUUUGUUUUGCAAAAGCAUGUUUGAUAUGUACGCUUGUUGGACAGAUGGAGUUCCCAACACAACUGUGAAAGUGCCGUGCCCCUGGUAUCUGCCUUGGUAUGAUCAAGUGCGUAACGGGUUUGUGUCACGGGAAUGUGGUCCAGAUGGCCAGUGGCUCACCGUCAACGAAAGCAGCACAUGGAGAGACCACUCACAAUGCAGUGCAGAUGACAGCAAGCAGAGAGAACAGGAGAAUCAGAUGACGAUCUUGGCCUAUUUCAGGGUGAUGUACACAGUUGGUUACUCUCUAUCCCUGGCCAGCCUGUCUUUAGCCCUGGUUAUACUUCUCAUAUUCAGGAAGCUCCGUUGCACACGUAAUUACAUCCACACAAAUCUGUUUGCCUCUUUCAUCCUGCGAGCUGUGUCCAUCCUCACGAGAGAUGCGCUCCUCAUGAAAGACGCUUCUGAGUUCAGGGACAACAAAGAUGUUUCGAUUGUUCUGAGUGAACAGGUGAUGUCAGGCUGCCGUGUGGCUCAGGUCCUGAUGCAGUAUUGUGUUGGGGCAAACUACAGUUGGCUACUGGUAGAAGGUCUAUAUCUUCACAACCUGCUGGUGCUGAUGGUCUUCUCAGAGAACAGUUACUUCUGUGUAUACCUCUUCAUCGGCUGGGGAACACCUGUGCUCUUUGUGGUGCCUUGGAUAGUUGUCCGUUACCUGUAUGAGAACACCAGGUGCUGGGAGAUUAACGAAAAUAUGGCAUAUUGGUGGAUCAUCCGAACGCCAAUCCUUUUGGCGAUUUUAGUGAACUUUUUCAUAUUUAUAAGGAUUAUUCAGAUCCUCAUCUCCAAAUUAAAAGCACAUCAGAUGAGGUAUACAGAUUAUAAAUUUAGGUUAGCCAAGUCCACGCUGACCCUCAUUCCUCUGUUAGGGAUUCAUGAGGUGGUGUUUGCUGUGAUGACAGACGAACAGACUGAGGGUGUGCUUCGCAAUGUCAACCUGUUCUUCGAACUCUUCUUCAAUUCUUUUCAGGGUUUUCUGGUGGCCAUAUUAUACUGCUUUGUCAAUAAAGAGGUGCAGUCAGAAAUCAAAAAGAAAUGGCAGCGAUGGAAACUGGGAAUAAGCAUUUUGGAAGACCAACGUAAUACAGGUAGCAGUGUACAGCAGGGAGGUGCAGGUCCUCGGUGUCACCACAACAUAACCUGCUCUCCAGACUGCCCUCUGGACAGUGACAGCCAACUGUCCUCGGACCCAACACCCACAGCCACCCUCCCGGCUAUUCAACAUCACUACCAUCCCAGAGCAAAGAAAGGCAAGGCAUUCUGCUACAUCUCUGCCCGAAAGGAGAUUCUGAACAGGUUGGAUGUGCCAGCAUUACCCCAGUGUGCCCGAGAGGGAGCAGUGAUGUUUUCUGAGAGCUACUGUUGAACCAUGUGGACUGUGCUGCCCAUUGAUCGGACCAACAAAGCUGGAUAUCUUGAAGUGUCUUGGAAUGAUAUCUUAUUGUUUCAAACUAUAAAAAGCAUCUUAUUGCAUCAAGUUACAUAAUGCCUGACAACCCAUUUUAUUUGCGUUUUUCUUGUUUGGUAUUUACCACUAUACCGCAUUUUGGACACUUGAUUAAUUCUGUUAUGUGCCAACAUUGUGGAUCAACUCAAAGACUGUCUACUUCACCACAAAGUCAUUUAUAUUUUUGAUUGCAUAAGGAUUGUCUGUACAAAGUCCACAGGUAAGACACACAAACAUCACCUAGCCUGCAAAAUCACCAAAUAGCCAUCAGUAUGUUAACUCCCAAAAGCAUUUGCACCCUUAAACCACAUCUCCACUACCAUUUAAGAAUCUGGGGUCAAUAAUAUUUGUUAGAAAUUAAUUCUUUUAUUCAGCAAGAAUGCAUUAAAUUGUUUGAAAGUGACAGUAAAAACUUUUACAUUGUUACAAAAGAUUUCUAUUUCAAAUAAAUGACGUUCUUUGGAACAUUCUGUUCAUCAAAGAAUCCUGAAAAGGCAGUUUCUACAAUAAUAUUAUGCAGAAGAACAGUUUUCAGCAUUCAUAAGAAAUAGUGGCACCAAAUCAGGAUAUUAGAAUGAUUUCAGAUGUAUCAUGUGUAACUGAAUGGCGAAUGGCUGCUGAUAAUUCUCUUUACCAUCACAGGAAUAAAUAACAUUUUAAAAUAUAGUCAAACAUACAGUUAAAAAAAGAGUUAUUUUAAAUAUAAUAAUCUUUUACAAAUGUAUUGCUUUUACUGUAUUUUUGAAUAAAAAAUGCAGCCUUGGUGAGACUUUGAAAACAUUUUCGAAUGGUAGUAUUUCUUAACUGCAGAUGCCACUUAGUUUGAUAUUGUCAUUUAAUGCAAAGACUUAUAUUUUGUGCAGUUUAAAAGGACAAACACUUUUUGGGAAGACUGUAUGUACAUACAGUAAAAAGACCAAUAAUGGACUUUGUUUUUGUCCAUAAAAAACAAAUCAGUACCAGAACUAGACAUUAUGUCACGUCCUCACCCUUAUUUGAUAUGGUGCCCCUGGAGCUGUUAAAUGUCUAAUAUGAAGGUUUUAUAUAGCUCUUAUGUAACCCGCUCAACCAGGAUGGUGCGAUCUCUUGAACAGCAGGAAAUCGAAUUCCUUUUUUAUGCUUCUGCAUUCCACUCGAUGGCCUAAUCCCCUUUCAUGCUGUGCCAUAACAGAACCCAACUGUGAACUGUAUGUCUACAAUAGAGUUUAAAGAGGAUUAUUAGUUAUUUUAGUUAAUAGGCAACGGUCACAACACUAUUUAAUAUGGAAACUCUUUAUGAAGGUUUAAAUCAUAGUAUGCCCUCAUUUUUGAACCACUCACACGGACUGAGAUCAAUUCUUACACUGUAUCCCUUCUUUUUUUGUUACUUCACCUGGACAUUCUUUUUCUGUCAAUGUGGAUGGCAGAGUACAGUUAUAAUCUCUAUUGUACCUGAGCUUUCACAGUGAUUUAGACAAUGUAUAAUGUUGUGUCUAAAUUGUAUCCAUCAAGUGGAGGUGUUUGUUCUGUUGCGUUGCCUU